GGGGAAGGGAUCCCCUCUUCUGCUUCACUCUAUCACUUUCCUGUUGUUAUUGUUGCUGGACUGGGAUAUUAAAUAUAGGACACAUCCAGGAGUUUAUUGGAGCGCAGACUGAUGGCUCAAAGGUACGAUGAGCUGCCUCAUUACGGCGGAAUGGACGGAGUAGGGGUGCCGGCUUCCAUGUACGGAGACCCUCACGCCCCCAGGCCGAUCCCCCCAGUUCACCACUUGAACCAUGGGCCGCCGCUCCAUGCCAGCCAACAUUACGGAGCCCACGCCCCGCACCCCAAUGUCAUGCCGGCCAGCAUGGGAUCGGCUGUCAACGACGCCCUGAAGCGGGACAAGGAUGCGAUCUACGGGCACCCGUUGUUCCCCCUGCUAGCUCUGGUCUUUGAGAAGUGCGAGCUGGCGACCUGCACUCCCCGAGAGCCCGGCGUGGCCGGCGGAGAUGUCUGCUCCUCAGACUCCUUCAACGAGGACAUCGCCGUCUUCGCCAAACAGGUUCGGGCAGAAAAACCACUCUUCUCUUCAAAUCCAGAGCUGGACAAUUUGAUGAUCCAAGCAAUACAAGUCUUAAGGUUUCACCUUUUGGAAUUAGAAAAGGUUCACGAGUUGUGUGAUAAUUUCUGCCACCGGUACAUUAGCUGUUUGAAAGGCAAAAUGCCCAUAGAUCUAGUUAUUGAUGAAAGAGAUGGCAGCUCCAAAUCUGAUCACGAAGAACUCUCAGGAUCAUCUACAAAUUUAGCUGACCAUAACCCUUCCUCUUGGAGAGACCAUGAUGAUGCAACCUCAACGCACUCAGCAGGCACACCGGGGCCUUCCAGUGGGGGCCACGCUUCCCAGAGUGGAGACAACAGCAGUGAGCAAGGAGAUGGUUUAGACAACAGUGUAGCCUCUCCUGGUACAGGAGAUGAUGACGAUCCAGACAAGGAUAAAAAGCGUCAGAAGAAACGAGGAAUUUUCCCCAAAGUAGCAACAAAUAUCAUGAGAGCAUGGCUUUUCCAACAUCUCACACAUCCGUAUCCUUCAGAGGAGCAGAAGAAACAAUUAGCCCAAGACACAGGACUUACGAUUCUACAAGUAAACAACUGGUUUAUUAAUGCCAGAAGAAGAAUAGUACAGCCUAUGAUUGACCAGUCAAAUCGAGCAGGUUUUCUUCUUGAUCCUUCAGUGAGCCAAGGAGCAGCGUAUAGUCCAGAGGGUCAGCCAAUGGGGAGCUUUGUAUUGGAUGGCCAGCAACACAUGGGAAUCCGGCCUGCAGGUUUGCAAGGCAUACCAGGGGACUACAUAUCUCAGGGUGGUCCUAUGGGUAUGAGUAUGACACAGCCAAGUUACACUCCUCCCCAGAUGACCCCUCACCCUACCCAUUUAAGACAUGGACCCCCAAUGCAUUCAUAUUUGCCAAGUCACCCCCAUCACCCUGCCAUGAUGAUGCACGGAGGACCCCCUACCCAUCCUGGAAUGACCAUGUCAGCACAGAGUCCCACCAUGUUAAAUUCUGUAGACCCCAGUGUUGGUGGACAGCAUAUGGACAUUCAUGCCCAAUAGUAUAAGGGAACUCAAGGGAAGAAAAAAAAACUAUUUUAAGACUUUUGAACUUUGACCAGAUGUUGACACUUAAUACACAAUUCCAGACAGCUGUGAUUAUUUUUUACUUUUGUCAUUUUUCAUCAACAACAGAGGACCAAUGAAACAAGAACACAAAUGUGAAAUCAUGGGCUCACUGAAAACAAUUUUAUGUCCAUGUAAAGAUCCUCUGGGAAAAAAAGACUCCAAGAGUUAUAACUACUGUAGUAUAUAAACAUAGGAAUUAAGUUAACUUGUAUAUUUCUGUUGAUCACUCCGUUACGUUGCCUCAAAUAGUUUUAGAAGGAGAAAAAAAUAUCCUUGUUUUCCACACUAUGUGUGUUGUUCCCAGAAGAAUGACUGUUUUGGUUCAGCAGUGAAGUCACUAUCCAUGAAAGACUACGGUAUAUUUCAGACCUGUUUCAACCAGCGAGAAAAGAACUCUCCUGAAGGUGAAGAUCGAGUUUUGCUGGGUCUCUCAUCGCUCAGAGGACAGUUCCAAGACAGCCCUUGCCACCCCCUGGUUUUGUUCCUUCAUAAAUGUGUCCUUUAGUUUCAAACAGAUCUUUAUAGUUUGUGCUUCAUAAGCCCAAGAUAUUUUCGGACUCUUUUUUCAAAGAGCUUGCAGGUAAAGAUUUAAAAAGACAGAGCAGGAGCUUCUUCCAAUAGUUCUGGGCCUCGGCUUGGGACAAGACAAAUCUGAAGGUUGGGCAGCUUUCCUCAACGAAAGAAGAAAUUAAUGGUCUGCACCAAACCUAGAACUUUAUCAUGAACUCAGAGCUUGGGAAAAAGCAAGAGAAUACUGUAACAAACUUCGUACAGAGUUCGGUCUAUUAAUUGUUUCAUGUUAGAUAUUCUAUGUGUUUACCUCAAUUGAAAAAAAAAGAAUGUUUUUGCUAGUAUCAGAUCUGCUGUGGAAUUGGUAUUGUAUGUCCAUGAAUUCUUCCUUUCUCAGCACGUGUUCCUCACUAGAAAAAAAUGCUGUUACCUUUAAGCUUUGUCAAAAUUUACAUUAAAAUACUUGUAUGAGGACUGUGACGUUAUGUUUUAAAAAAAGGUGUUAAGUCACAAAAUGCGGUAAUAAAUAUUUCAUUUUUGAUUUUU